CGUUCAAAGAGUUCAUCUUCUUGUUCGUUCAUUGGGUUACACUAAAGUCAUGAUUUAUAUAAUUAUGCAAGUAGCCUGCACUCGAGUCCUCAAAAGCGAUUGGUCGACCAGAAACAGGAGGAUUGUCCCCUGUAGAGCGAAUCCCUCACCGCCUGCCAUCGACAGCUUCCACCCGUGAGUUUCGUAAGGAUCUUGUGUAAGGCUGUUGUUACGUAGUCUUCAAUGGCUAUUACAUAUAUAUGUAGUAGCUAUCUACAGUGUUUCCAGAAGUCCGGAAAAUUGUCAGUCGCUCAAGUCGCAUGUGAAGAUGUAUCCGAAAAGAAAAAGUGCAAUGGAUAGUCAAAUUAUUUCGGCAGAAAUUGCUUUAGGUCUUGUUCUGUGUACAGCAUAUCGGAUAAUUUCGAAGAACAUUUUCAGUCAACAGGAGGAGAGUCAAGCUGUUGACAGUGAAAAGUUUGAGCUAACAAGGUCAAUAGUGUGUGUAUGGCUUGCAAGCAACAUAAAGUUCCUACUCAUUAAAUGCAACAGCAAUCCAGUUUCACUGUCUGCACAUUCAACAUCCAGGCUGAUUGCAUUUCUGGCACUUCUACUGGAUAGCUGCUAUGGAAUUAAUUAUCAGAGACUAUACACUAACGAACGGCCUACAGUGGACAUGGCUGUGUGUUCUUUCUUCAUAGUGAGCAGUGUUGUCCUCUUCUUUUUGGACCACAGCCAGCUGCAGAGCAGAGUGGACUUGCACAUGAUCUUCAGUGACUCUCAGAAAUUCUUCCUUCAGAUGGACUUUUUUGCCACUUUUGUCUUUGGCCUCCUCUGGCUGGCCUUCCCCGAUUGGCUCCUAGGAUUCCAGCCCAUUACAGGUUCUGAGGACAUCUUCCAUCUUCACCUCAGUAGAGCCUUUGGCGCCAUGAUGGUGGGUGACAGUUUUGUCUCUUUUACAACACAGAAUUUCCAACCCAACAAAGAAAAGCCAUCCGUGUUCAUAAGCCGAGCAGUGGGCAGCUUGGUGCUGCUGGUGUUCCUGGUCCACUCUCAGCUGACCACCUCUGCCUGGGCCCCUGCCCAGAUCUGGUUUGGCCUGGUGGGAGCCAGCCUCUGGACAGGAAACUCCAUCUUAGGUUACCUCAGCUCUAAACAACAAAAUAUGUAAGAAGUCCAUUCACACAGACACUGAACACAACAGUCACAACAUAACGGGCAGAAGUUACAUUGAACCCUCUUCUGUGUCCCACAAGACUGUUAGCCCGCUUAAGUGAAGCUGAUCACGUGAGCAUGGUUAAUCAAACCACAGCUGUUGCACAGAAAGCAGAGGCAGAUUCUCUGGGAACCUGGAGUGACUUCGAAUGAGUGAUUAGUUAUUGUUAAACAAUUUCCAUCCUAUGUUGUUCUGUCUUAUGAUAUUCAUACUUCACCAUGAAUGAGAUGGUGAUGGUCAUUGCUGACAGAGGUGGAAAGAGACUCUUUGGAAAUCUAAAUGUCUAAAUAUACUUUACUGUACAUUUGUAAAUGUGUAACUCCUCUGAGAGGAGGUUAGACGCCAUCGGAGAUUGUAAAAGACACUUGACCCUACCAUUCCACUGUACAGAAGUGAAUAGUAAGUAUGCAGGCUCAGCCUUAGAAACAUAAUUAUGAAAUAACUUUUGAGGAACUAUUGAUGGGAAGCGUGGAGGUGUUGUAGCUGCACCCAUAUGACUAAAUAGAUGUAACUGACGUUGAAAUUCUGUCAAGGAAUAAAAGUGAAGGGAAAUGUUACUCAGAAACAUUGUGAUAUUCUAAUCUAGUGCUUCCUUUUUAUUUAUCCUGCUCCAAGGCUUGAACUCUCUGUAACCACUAGAUGGUGCUAUGCACAUGGCCAUGGAGUCCUUUGAAUGGAUUUGAAUAAUAGGGAAUCUAGGUUUUAAUAGCCCAUCAUUCCUAUCAUUAUAUUUCCAUGACAUAGUCUGACCAGUUGAAUCCAGGUGAAAGCUAUCAUCCCUUACUGAUGUAACUUGUUAAAUCCACUUCAAUCAGUUUAAAUGAAGGGGAGGAGACAGGUUAAAGAAGGAUUUUUAAGCCUUGAGACAUUUGAAACAUGGCUUGUGUAUUUGGUGAAUGGGUGUAACGGAUGUGAAACAGCUAGCUUAGUUAGCGGUGCGCGCUAAAUAGCGUUUCAAUCGGUGACGUCACUUGCUCUGAGACCUUGAAGUAGUAGUUCCCCUUGCUCUGCAAGGGCCGUGGCUUUUGUGGAGCAAUGGGUAACGAUGCUUCGUGGGUGACUGUUGUUGAUGUGUGCAGAGGGUCCCUGGUUCGCGCCCGGGUAUGGGCGAGGGGACGGUCUAAAGUUAUACUGUUACAUGGGCAAGACAAAAUAUUUGAGUGCCUUUGAACAGGGUAUGGUAGUAGUAGGUGAGUGUGUCAAGAACUGCAACACUGCUGGGUUUUUCACUCUCAACAGUUUCCUGUGGUCCACCACUCAAAGGACAUCCAGCCAACUUGACACAACUGUAGUAAGCAUUGGAGUCAACAUGGGUCAGCAUCACUGUGGAAUGCUUUUGACACCUUGAUACCUUGGCAAAUUGAAGCUGUUCUGAGGGCAAAAGGGGGUGCAACUAAAUUCUAGGAAGGAGUUCCUGUUUUGUACACUCAGUGUAUAUGUUAGCUGUUGUGAAUACUUCAAAUUAUAUAGCACAAUGAGUAUAUAUUUUGAUGAUUGUGCAUUGACAGUAAUAGGUACACUCACUUCAUAGGACAAUUUUGGUUGUGAGCUAAAAACACUGACAGGUUCCCUUGUCUUUCUAUAAAACAUCCUCACAACUGUUAGUCAAUACUGACACCUUGACCUUGACCAUGAUCAUGCUUAUAAGAAUUCACAACAACACAACAUCAGAGAACUAUAGAGGUUAUUUAAAUCAGUACAACUGCCAGUUGAGUACAGCAGAGAAGAUUGAGGUUGAGGAAAAGGUUACUUGGCUCCACUGCUCCUGACUGCUGAUGUGGUUGGAUUACCAAACUUCCAUUGCUCUUCAUGUGCACUUCUCUCAGCUGGCCACAUCCUUUGUAGUAACCCUAAGAAAAGGUGACUGGACCCUGAAAAACGGAUACCAAUUGACUGACUGUGCUCCGGUGUCUAAUGAGCACACAAAUGAAGCAGGUAAGAGGUUUACAGAGGAGAGGACAAACCUGGGACAAUGAGCAAAACUGGUUGGAAAGAUGUCUUUUCAACCAGUUUUGACUUUGAAAAUACGUAUUUUUAACAAGUUUUGCUUACUGUGGGGUGGUAAUGGGUGCAUCUGCAAUGGCACUUUAUUCCCUACGUAGUGCACAACUUUUGAAGUUGAGCACUACAAAAGGAAAUGGGGUGCCAUUUCAGACAACGUCUAAGUCACAACAUGUCCUUACAGAUUUCAAAUAAAUCAGUGUGGGUUAGAAUGAUCCAUCCUCAUGAAUGAUGCAGAUAUUCUGUGAAUAAUAACAACACAAGUGUACUUGGUUAUAACAGAUAUUUAAAAAAUGUAAUAAAGCUGCUUUCCUCUCAUCAAGAGGUCAAGCAGGAAGUAGCACUCUAUAUGUUUUGAGUUUGGAGUAUUGCGCUCGCAAGUCAAUAAGAGCCAGUGAGGUUGUUAGAGCCAGUGUGAUCACACUUAGUGAUUCACAAUCACAUGGCAAAGGCAUUGGCAGCAAAGUAUCCCCAGAGCCCAGCAAUUCAAAAAUUGUCUAUCUGGAUUACCGCCUAUAGGAUAAGAUUAAAUGCAUAGAAAUAUAAUGAAUAGAACUCGAGUCCCCAUUCUAGUAAAUUAUUUGGCCAUUCUAUUCAUUUCAAUCCUAUCCAAUAGGCAAAAUCCUGAUAGAUAACUUAAAUCCCUAACAAAGGGAUAGUUGAUAUAUGCAAUUAAACAUGUCCCCAUUAAUGCAAAUCCACUAGGCACAGAUGUCAAUUCAAUGUUUAGUUUUGAUUUAAAUUUGGUUAAGUUGUCAACUAACGUGAAAUCAACAACAACAAAAUCAUCAUGUCAUUGGAUUUAGGUUAAAAAUGUGAAAUUCCCUUACGUUGAUGACUUUUAUCAAAUCCAAUCAGUUUUACAAGUUGAUUCAACGUCAUCACAUUGAAUUGAUUUUGUUUAAAUGACGUGUAAACAGCGUUGAUUCAACCAGUUUUUGCCCAGUGGGAAGGCUUUUGCACACCAAUCAUUUCCUGGUGUGGGAGGAUUAGACUGUGCUGAUAGCACACAAACACAAAUCUGAAAGGCAAAGGCAAUCAGUUGCUUCAAACUGCACUCCCGUGACAUAAUGUUUCAGUGUGUGUAUCUUCUUCUCAAUGGCAUCUGUUCGCUCUUCCACUCAUAUGUAACAAUUCACAAAUCACAACCUUAUAUAUAAAAUGAUCCUGUGAACCCUGUCAAUGUUUGUUUCCCCAACACUUCUAAUAAGAAUCUGGCAAUAAAUUAUCCUAUGUCAAUAAUAUUAAACUCUGAGUUCUGAAAAACAUUUUUAAAAUAGAAAAUGUUAACAUCAUUGUACAGCACUUUGCUCCUCGUGACUCACUCUUCCUGUCUGCCAAAAUUUCUUUGUUGAUAGGAAACGCACAUUUUCCCAAAGUAUCAUCACCCUGCUGCUACAGACAGGAUUCAAUUAGUAUUUGCUUGCCAAAUACUUUAGCUGCACUUGAUUGAGCUUGCCUGGCGCAAAGUAGUCAAUGGAGUAGUCCCGAAAGUGGAAAACCCAUCUAAGCCUUCCAUGAAGGCUCAAUCAAACACAUAACAUUUUAAAAAGAAAACAAAUAAUAUUCAAACCCCGGUCUUUCAUGCUAAUGAGUAGGGAAUCAUCAUGAACAUUCGGUAGCCUGUGACCAAGUCUGGUCUGCCUCAGCGAUCAACACAUGCACGUAUUCGCCUCUAAUCUGUCUGCCCUCUCAUUCCUAUCUGUAUAAUAACAAUACAAUAGGAGAGCAGAGUUGGAACCUAUAUCGUAUGUUGAGCAUAGGCCUUUGCCUUCAAAGGUAUUAUUUUCCACUAACAAUGUGAAUUUGCCAGCUGAAAAACGCAUGUUGUUGCUGUCGGAUGAAAACGGAUGAAGAUUUGAGAAAAAACAUUGCUAUAUUUACCAUUAACAACAAAGAAUUUCAAAACUUCAGAAGCUAUUUUAAAUGAAUUGUAUUGGUCCUAGAGUCAUGAAAUGUCCAGAGCACAUUGAGGAGAGUUACUCAUUUGAAUACAUGUAAAACAAAAUGAAAAUUGUCAAAGAUUGAGUUUCAAGGUUUUCAUCAGACAGCGACGAUGUACAUUGAGUGUACAAAUAAGGUGAAUCCAGGUGAAAGAUAUUAUCUCCUAUUGAUGUUACUUAAAUCCACUUCAAUCAGCUUAGAUGAAGUGGAGGAGACAGGUUAAAGAAGGAUUUUUAAGCAUUGAGGCAACUGAUACAUGGAUUGUGUAUGUGUGCCAUUCAGAGGGUGAAUGGGCAAGACCAUAUAUUGAAUUGCCUUUGAAUGGGGUAUGAUGGGUGCCAGGUGCACCAGUUUGAGUGUGUCAAGAACUGCAACACUGCUGGGCUUUUCACACUCAACAGUUUCCUGUGUGUAUCUAGAAUGGUCCACGCCCCAAAGGACAUCCUGCCAACUUGACACAACUGUGGGAAGCAUUGGAGUCAACAUGGGCCAGCAUCCCUGUGGAACGCUUUCGACACCUUGUAGAGUCCAUGCCCCGAACGAAUAGAGGCUGUUCUGAGAGCAAAAAGGGGGUGUUCCUAAAGUUUUGUACACUCAGUGUUUAUGUAUACCUGUGUUGUAUGAAAGUAUCCUCAAGAUUCUUGUGUUUGGGGUUGAGUGAAAUUAUGGAUGAACAACAACUUCAGGUAGAGUAACCUACAGAGCAUAACCACUGUCAUCCCCCAAUCACCAGCUGACCACCUUACUGCUGUAGGUUUCCAUGUAUUUAACCUGUGAUUUCUGUCCCAGGGCCUUCCAACCCCAUGGCCCAAACAUACAUACAUCUUUUAAACAAAUGACUGCUCUAGCCUUCCAAGGUCAGAAGAGACAAGAGUGGUUGUGAUGGAGUUAAGAUGAUUGUCUGAGCUGUUCGAGCAAUGCCCUUCUGUUAAAACAGUCCUGUAUGAAUUAUAAUGACAAAUGAAUUCUGCACAGCUGAAGGAGGUAUCAUUGGUCUCUAGUACUAGCACAUUGUGAGAACCAUAAUCAUCCUUACAGCUCAUUUUUCCAAUUGCAAUUCAAAGAUGUAUGGCUGGGGUUGCCUGGUUCCAGGCAGGAGAGCUCAAAGGACCAGGUUCAGUUUUGUAAUUAAUUUGUAGCAAUUUCUCUGUGCGUUUGGCAGCUGUUUAAAAAGGCUAACUCGGGGAAAUUCACGUAGUCUUUUCCAAAUGUUUUAUUGAGAUUUGUGAGCUGCUCAUUUAAUCUACUGUAAGUGUGUCUCUCAAUAUGACUAGAGGUCUGCUGCCAAAUCUCAAGAUUAAUAGAAAUGAAACACAUUUAAGGAGUUGUAGAAAGAUUUCUGGCAUUGAAAGUUACAAUUCUACCAAAAUUAUAAUGUACUUUUGGGCCAGUGUCAAUUUUUUCACCUUCACUAAUGAUCCAGAGGUCAGGAAAACAAAAUUGAAUAUAGUGAUCUUAGGUAUUAUCACCUCUCACUGCAUUUGCAUAAUACUCUAUAAUAUUACAUUCACCUGUCAUUUAGUUCCAUUUGAUUUGAUUUGCCAUAGGGGAAACAUUAACAAAUAUGAGGUUAAAAAAGAAGGCAAUCAAAACUUUCAUACAGUUUGUUGUCCCCAUCUGUACAAUGAGAUAGGUAUACAGUUACUGCCAGUACCAAGGGAUUAUACUGUAAAUAUGAAUCUAUGAAAUAUACAGAAUGCUGCUGAAUGUGUGUGAGAGAUGAGCAGAGGUCAUCUACACCCUGCUAACACUGUUUGAGCUGCGUUCUGUGUUGUUAUAGUCUUUGUUUCUGUGUUAUUGUGUUCUAUGUUGUUGUGUUCUUUGUUAAUCUGUUUGUGUUGCUGCAUUCUGUGUUGCUGUGUUCUGUGUUGUUGUGUUCCUUUUUUCUGUGUUGUUGUGGUUUUGUUGUUGUGUUCUGUGUUCUAUUUGUUGAAUUCUUUGUUCCGUGUUGUUGUGUUAUAUUUGGUUGUGUUCUGUGUUACUUUGUUCUGUGUUGCUGUGUUCUGUGUUGCUGUUUUGUGUCUUUGUUAUUUUUUCUGUGUUUCUGUGUUGUGUUCUUUGUCGUUGUGUUCUGUGUUGCUGUGUUCUGUGUUGUCAUAUCUAUCCUGUGAGGAUCAGAAUGGGUCAGAUCAGACCGGCGAGAUUGUGACAGUAACCAGUUCUCUCUCUCUCCCACAGAGGGGAGAGGGGGAACUGCUGGGUGGGCGACAGUUCACACUCAGUCAUAAAUUACAAGACAGGGAGGUUCUCUCUCUUGCUCUUUAGUAUCAACCAUAGGAAUGUCACAAACAUGUUCAAAAAGUGAUAAUGGAACGAUAUUGUUAACAUACCAAUGUGGGAAGUGGUCAGUGGGGAACUAUGGAAAACUAAUUUCAUAUUGUUUGUCAUUUUGUGAUGUUCUAAAAUCUGUACGGACCAAAUACUGUAACUUGUGAAGCAUACACCCUUUAUCUGUUAAGUUUUCAUUCAAUAUGUUGUGAAAACAAUAUGAAAAAUGAUGAAGGAAUUUGUGUUAAGAUAUGAAUGUGAUUUUAGUUUUCUAAUUAGAUAAUAGUUUUGAUAUCCUUUGCACAUUAAGUAGCCAUGCCCCAAAUGAGGUCACCGAGCUUGUCAGCAUGACGGAACACACCUUUUGACCAAGAUUGCAUAAAGGCUUGGAAGAGGAAUCAACCUUUAGACCAGGAAACGUGCAGCGGAGAGCUACACAUUUGAAAAAGUUUAAACUUUCAACCUCAGCAAGAGGUGAAGAAAAUUAACUCACCUACCAGACCAGGACACUGCCAGUCUGCAGCUGCACGUGUCAAGUGAUUUGGAACUUUGACUAGCUACCACUGGUACAGCUAAGUAGCUGUUCUGAGGAAUGAACACCGAUGGAUACCGGACAACUAAGAAGAAGGACAUUGCGACCUCAGAUGGACAAUCAGAGCAUGUACAAUUGGCCCACAGGAAAGGCCCACCAAACCCUUUCCAAGAAGGCUUGGUUCUGACAGAGAUAAAUGACAAAUGAAGGCAUUCGUCAGGGUAGCCUAGUGGUUAGAGUGUUGGACUAAUAACUGCAAGGUUGCAAGUUCAAAUCCCUGAGCUGACAAAAUACAAAUCUGUUGUUCUGACCCUGAACAGGUAGUUAACCCACUGUUCCUAGGCUGAAAAUAAGAAUUUGUUCUUAACUGACUUGCCUAGUUAAAUAAAGGUAACAUUUUAAAAAAUCCCACAUAAAUGCAUUAAUGAUUUCUUACUCCAUAACGGGCGGCGGUUCAUGUGGAAACUAUAUGAUUUUAUUUUGAUCUUAUUUUAUUAGGAUCUCUUUUGGUCCCUAUUUGGACUAAUCUUCCAAGAGUCCUUAAACAUUAAACUACAACUUAUAAUAGGAUCACAUUUUCACAUAUAACACACUGCUACAAACAGACAUAAUACGCUAACAUAUUGACCAGAUAAAUACUCUAACAGUCUAAAAAGAUAGAUUGAUUCUUCAUCUACCAUUGUCCAGCACAACUGUCCUAUGUAUUAUAUUUAAAUGGUUUUAAAGUAUUGUUGGAAUUUAUAUGUUGAAAGGUUUCUGAUUUGCUCAGACAAAUUAUUCCAUUUCUUUAUUGAUCUAAAUCAAAAUGUUAUUUUUCCGAUUUCACUUUUCUGUCUGGAUAACACAUGGACAAUUGAUUCCUAGUAUUUACUGAAUGUCUGUCUCUUACCAACUUAAUACUGUUGUGACUAGAGUUUGGCCGUUUUAAAUGGUGUAUAUUAUGAAAUAAAAUAAGCAUGUUUUUCGAUUAUCUUGUUGAUUGAUGACCAACCAUGAUAAUUGAGCAUGACUACAACAGAAGAACCAUAUAUUUUUUUUUUUUUUUUUU